UUGCAGAGGUCCUGACGAUGUUGACUUGACUAGCGCCAGCUGUCAGUGGAAGCUAGCAUAUGAGCUUCAGUCGUGUCGCGUUUUUGUUCAUUUUGUCAUUUUAUGCCAUUGUUUUAAUAAUUUCUAGAAUCGGGUUUGGAAGAAAACAAAUGAAGCUGAUGAUGAAACUUUCUCCCUGAAUGCAUAACGCCUUUUAGUUCAACUAUAGUCGUAAACGGGGCAGCUAAUGUUGACUAGCUUGUUGUUAGGGAUGUAAUGAAGACAGGUUGUGCAGUGUACUCGGCAUUUUCGCUUCCUUUUUUUUUUUUUUUUUUUGUAGAAUUGUUCCAACUGGAAGAAAGUCGCGUGAGAUCACUGAAAAUUGCCAUAACUAUACCACAAUCUAUAGACGAUUUAGAAUAUGUUUUCUUCUAGUAUUCUAUUUUGGCCACUAUAGCUUGGCCUUAUAUACUUUUAGAUCAUCUUAAAUUAUCGCAAAUCACAAUAUCAGCUCUACUGUGAGUAGUGGAUUUACUACGCAUGUAAAAACAGGCGGUCUUUUAAUUAUAUGAUCAUGGAUAAGAAGUCAUUUGACAUCGUCAUAGAUGAAAUAAAGAAGUGUGUCCUGACCGAUCAGCGGAUAAAGGCCAUUGAGCAGGUGCAUGGAUACUUCUCCAGUGAACAGGUCACGGACAUACUUAAAUACUUCUCCUGGGCAGAACCUCAAAUGAAAGCAGUAAAGGCGCUGCAGCAUAAAAUGGUCGCCAUCCCCACCACCAAAGUUGCCAACAUUCUGAAUUGCUUCACCUUUUCAAAGGACAGAAUUAUGGUCUUGGAGCUGAUCGCUUUGAAUAUUGCAGAUGCUCAAAAUUACCGACCUGUAGAGGAUUUAUUUCGCAUACACUUGUCGGAGAGAAAGCGCGCUCGCAGAAUUCUGGAACAGGUAUGUAAAGUGGGUUGCAAAGCUCCUGUCGCCAUGAUCUCAUCCUGCGGUAUGAUACCGGGAAAUCCAUAUCCAAAAGGCAGACCCAGUCUGGUUACUGGCACAUUCCCAGGAAUCCCUCCCUUAAAGAAAGAAGGAGAGAAGAAAGAUGACACCAGUAUGGAGAGUAAGGGGAUUGCCACUCGAAUUAUCGGAACCUCCAAACCAUUCCCUUCAAGCUACAACCCCCACCGGCCCGUGCCCUACCCCAUACCUCCGUGCAGACCCCAUGCUACCAUUGCACCGAGUGCGUACAACAACGCAGGCCUUGUUUCUAUGGGAGGGGUCAUAACGGCCAAUGUGCCCCCUCCCCCCUACAACUCUGCCCACAAAGUAGCAGGCUACGCCAAACCAGGCAAUCCUCAGAACACCACGCCAGGCGUCACCAGCGGGCCGCUGCUCAUCCCUCACGGCUCCACGCCGUCCACCCCUGUCCCACCGCAAGCUUCCCCGUCCCAGCCAACUCCCAUCACCCCUGUUUUUCCCGGCAUGGUGCCCUCUCACAACUCACCCGCUCCGUCACCAUCUGUCAUCAAAGCGGCUCCGCAGACCCCCAGCGGCCACGUUACUCCGUCGCCAUCUUCUGUCAUUAAAGCCCACACCCCCUCAGGUACCCCUUGUGGAACUCCUGGUCCUGGCAGCGGAGGCUUCUCCCCUUUCCAUUCCCGACCAGGCACCCCCGCUACCUCCCACGGCGGUGCCGAGGUCCUGUCUCAGACGCCGCAGAGGGCUUUUGCCCAGUCUACUGAGCACCCUUUCCAUAGCAUACAAGCAGGUAAUCACCCUGGCUCGGUAAUCCGCAGCUACACCCCCUCUGAAAGUCCAACUGCUCCAGUGAUUCCCAAUCGUUCAACCCCUGGUCCCAGCCCCAAACCUUCCCCCGCUCAUUCUGCCCAGGCUCAGGCCGCCAUGGGUCGGCCUGGAGCCAUGAACAGACAGAGCGGGGGCGGCGGCAGUGGCAGUAACAGCCCGGUGCCCUCGGCUUUCAAGGGGACCUCUCGUUCCGGCACGCCCUCUCUUAGCCCUUUGGUGGCACCGGGAUCGGCCCAGGCUGCGCUGGCCCGUUCUUUGGGGCUCUCGCACCCACCGGGCUCUCCUCAAGUCUCCCUCGCCAGUCCCGUCGCCAUCAGCGGCCUCCAGGCUUUGUCUGGCAGCCCGGGACCGCCGCACUACCCGGGCCUGUCCCCUUUUCCCGCUCUUUCCUCCCCCCUUCCUCCUACGUCAUCGGGCAACAUGGCGAAUCCCUCCCCAAACUCCAUCUUCCACGGCCUGGCUCCCAACGCGGCAGCCAACGCGGCGGCCUCUCCUUUCGCUCUUGGCCUGACUUCUGCACCCUCUAUAUUCCCAGGCCUUCCGCCUGGCGCAAGCCCGGCCGCUUUCACAGGCUUGGGAGUUUCAGGAGGGCACGGGGCAGGGAGCCCCGUGUUGCCUUCAUUCAUGGGAUUAGCAGGCGCCGCUCCAUCCUCCGUUGCGUCAGUGGCGCCAAUGCAAGCGGCGGUAGUGGCGGCGGCGGCGGCAGCCGGCGUCCCAGCAUCAUCGCCGGUUUUACCUGGUUUCGCUUCUGCCUUCAGCUCCAACUUUCAGCCUGGGUUGAGCAGUGGCCUCCAGGCUCAAGGAAACAGCGCCUUCCCGGGUCUGCUGUCCUUCCCCGGUGUCCCGGGUUUCUCUCCUGCCGCCUCCCCUGCUGCUCUCGGUGGCCUCCACAAUCCAGCUAUGCAGCCUGCCCUGCUGCAGGCUCACCCGACAACUUUGGAGGGCUUAGCUCCUCAGGCCAACGCCUUCGCCAACUAUCCCGCAGGACCAGGAAACCCCUUCCCCCUCCAGCCGGGCUUGCACCCACAGUUGGGUUGGCAGUGAAAGCUGCCCUCUGUUCAUCUACUGCCAUGACAUGCUGAGCACCCCUUUCAAUACCCCGUCUGGACCUUCAGCAAAUCUAUGAACUGAAGACAGAAGACUGUGAAAUGAAAUGAGUGAGGAAUCGUUCACGCGUUAGUGAACAGAUGUAAAUAUGAGCUUGUUUUUUCUAAGUCAAAUGUGAGUAGUUUUAAUGUUAGUCUUGCCUUUUUGUCGCUUUUACCAGCACGAAUUAAGUCAAAAUAGGUGAUGCCAUGUAAUGAAAUGACCAUAUUAUGUUGACAACUCAUCGUGUAAAGGUGUGAUGACAGCUACGGACUUGUUCCGAGAACUUAUUUUAGUCAAUGAAACACUAAUUGUUGCUGUCACACAAACAAAGUGUUAUUAUGUUCCUCAAUUUACAUUUGAAUUCCGACUGUUGCUUUGAAAGUUCUUUUGUUACACUGUUGUUUGUUUUGGAUUUAAAAACUUUUUUUUUUAUUGCUUUAGCUAGUAGAUACUGUAACUUUUUCUGUGUUUUAUGGCGUGACAGGCCAAUGAAUUGAGGUUCCUUGAAUAAACAGAAACACACAGUUCUUACGUUUAAUCACAGAC